UGAAAUAAUACAGUUCAAGAUAAUAAUAUAGUAAUUAUUAUUAUUAUUAUACUUCAGAAAUAAAUUAUAAUAAUAAUAAUAAAUAAUAGGUAAUUGUUAUUUAUUAUUAAUUAAUAUUUUAUUGUAAUUCGUUAUUAAUAUUCUAUACCGGCGUGUGAGUUGUGGCUGGUUAAAAGUGUCCAUUGGACAAUUCUAAAGUUUACGACAGAAACGGUCUUCUUGAACCAGUUAGGGCGUUGUAGUGUGUUGUCAGUCUAAUGAAGUGAUUGAUUGUGAGCACUAAGUAAGUAUACGGAACACGACAAUGUCUGCGUCGGCUAUUUACAUAUUGGACGUUAAGGGCAAGGUGUUGAUAUCCCGAAAUUACCGUGGUGAUAUCGCGCCCAAUGUCAUCGAGAAGUUCAUGCCGCUGCUGAUGGAAAAAGAAGAGGAAGGAUCAUUGACUCCUCUAUUGCAGACUGAGGAGUGUACAUUCACUUAUAUAAAAUGCAACAACCUGUAUGUCGUGUCCACAACUAAGAAGAAUGCUAACAUCAUGUUGGUUUUUGUGUUCCUACACAAGAUUGUACGAGUCAUGAAUGAAUAUUUCAAAGAAAUUGAAGAGGAGAGUAUACGUGACAACUUUGUAGUUAUAUAUGAACUUUUGGAUGAAUUGCUCGACUUUGGGUAUCCACAGACCACCGACAGUAAAAUCCUACAAGAGUAUAUCACACAAGAUGGCCACAAAUUAGAAAUACAACCUAGGAUCCCUAUGGCGGUGACUAAUGCUGUGUCUUGGCGCUCAGAAGGACUCAAGUAUAGAAAAAAUGAAGUAUUCUUAGAUGUUAUAGAAUCAGUUAAUUUGUUAGCUAGUGCAAAUGGAAAUGUACUAAGGAGUGAAAUAGUGGGUUCAAUCAAAAUGAGAGUGUACUUGUCUGGAAUGCCAGAACUACGUUUAGGACUUAAUGACAAGGUGUUAUUUGAAAGCACUGGACGUGGAAAAUCAAAAUCUGUAGAACUUGAAGAUGUUAAAUUCCAUCAAUGUGUUCGUCUAUCACGAUUUGAAAAUGAUAGAACUAUAUCGUUUAUUCCUCCAGAUGGUGAAUUUGAUUUGAUGACCUACAGGUUAAGUACACACAUCAAGCCUUUGAUUUGGAUUGAAAGUGUCAUCGAAAGACAUGCUCAUAGUCGUGUUGAAUACAUAGUUAAAGCAAAAUCACAAUUCAAGCGUCGAUCUACUGCCAAUAAUGUAGAAGUAGUUAUCCAAGUCCCCAUGGAUGCUGAUUCUCCUAAAUUUAAAACUACUGUUGGUUCAGUUAAGUAUAUGCCAGAGCAAAAUUCAUUAGUAUGGUCGAUUAAGUCUUUCCCUGGUGGCAAAGAAUACUUAAUGAGAGCACAUUUUGGUCUACCAAGUGUUGAAAACGAGGAAACAGAAGGCCGGCCUCCUAUACAGGUGAGGUUUGAAAUACCAUAUUUCACAACAUCAGGCAUUCAAGUUAGGUACUUGAAAAUAAUUGAGAAGAGUGGUUAUCAAGCAUUACCUUGGGUACGAUAUAUCACCCAAAAUGGAGACUACCAGUUAAGAACCAAUUAAAACACUGAGGUUGUAUUAUUAUUAUAGUUGAGUAUAUGAUAUUUAUUCCAUUAUUAUCUAUUACUUCAAAAAUGAGGUAGCAAAUAACAUUACUUUUAAUUACAUAAACUUUCCUUUUUUUUUUUUUUUAAUUUGUUGAUCCGUCCUGUGCAUUGUAUUUUUAAUUUAACCCGUCAUUACAUUAAUAUUGUCAAACAAAAAAAUGACUGGUAUAGAUGUUAACUGUUUGUUGAUUUUAUUGUAAAAACAAUAUCCUAUAUUUUAAUAAAUUGUAUAUAAUAUUUCAUAAAACAAAUUCUUAACAACAUGUUUAGUUAUUAUUGGUUUUAUAUAAGUCAUUAUAUUAUGUACCUAUGUACCAAUAUUUUAUUAAAUUUUUAUCAUUAUUAAUUAUUAUUAUUAAUAUUAUUAGUUAUUGUUAAUAACAUUUAUUAUACAUCUGAAUAAAAUAUCAAAUGAGUAUAACCUAA